AUGAGCAAUGGCAAUGGCAACGGCGAGGACUGGGCCCAGCGAACCCUUGCCGAGAUGAGGGACCUGACGCUUUUGCUCAGUCCCGACGGUCGGGUUCUGUAUGCGUCCCCUUCGUGCGCUGAGAUCACAGGCUUCGAGGACAAAUCGCUCGAAAACCACGACCUCUUUCGCUAUGUACACGAGGAUGACAAGUCCUUCCUCACCCAGGAACUGAAAGAGUCUAUCCAGACGCGUCGGCUGUUCCGCUGCCAUUUCCGCUUUUGUAAGCUGGAUAGCAGCUUCUGUCUGCUCGAGGCGCACGGUCAUCCACAUAUCGCUCCUUCGGAUCCCUCAUCUAUGCCCAUCGGCCCUGAUGGUGGCAUUUUCCUCGUCUGUCGGCCCUACCCGACAAGGGGAGCCCAGCUCCUGAACUCAUUCCUCGAACACAAGAUCGAGAAUAUCCGCCUCAGUCAACGCAUCGCACAGCUCAAGGAGGAGGAAGAGGAAGAACUCAAUGCGACGCAGCAAUCCUUCAGCAGCAGCAGCAACCACAACCACAACCACCACAACAACAGAGACGCUCAUAUUAUCCACACCUCGACCACGACCACUCGCCAGACCUACAUCACCACCACGCAGACUGUCACGCAAUCCACCUUGAACCGGAUGCCGCCCGCCCGCGACACUCCCUCGAGCUCUGGCGAGGACAACGAGUCCUCCGACACGGUCACGAGCAACGCCGACGACGACCGCUCGUUCCCCGGCAUGGAGGGCGUUGUGGAGCGCCUGCCUUCGGUCGACGAUACCUCGCAUAUCGAGGGCAUUGAGGUUAUGACGGGUCUGUACUAUGGCGAGGGCGAGCGGUCGCAGGGUCUGAGUACCGGCCAAAAACACGGUCGCCUGGUCCACUGCUCGAAUCUUGCCGGCGAGAACGAUCCCCAGUCGAAUCGAGCAGUUGGGGAUGCGGAUCGCAGGAAGCGACUCAAGGGCGAGUAUAUGUGUACGGACUGCGGGACGAGUGACUCGCCCGAGUGGCGGAAGGGGCCCGAGGGUCCCAAGACGCUGUGUAAUGCUUGUGGAUUACGCUGGGCGAAAAGGGAGAAGAAACGCCAGGAUCCCUGA